AUGACACAUGUAACACUUGUUUUGGUGUGUGGUCCACCAGCUAGUUUGAAAACAACAUUAAUCAACAUUGUACAAUGUAUAAUUAAUAAAUUCGUUGAACAAAAUUCUACAUUACGAAAAUUAUGUGUGAAUAAAAUAAAAUUAUGUAUAGAAAAUAAAUUUAUGCAAAUAGAUUCAAAUUGGUAUUUUAUUAAUUUUGAUAAAAUUUUAUUUAAUAUAGAAACAGAAGUAAUUAAUGAAUCAUGGAAACAAUAUCGUUUAUUAAUAGCAAAUAUUAUUGAAAUAUAUAUCAAAAAUAAUCUUAAUUUACCACCACCAUCAAAUGAAUUAAAAUUUUUAAUUGACUAUUCUUCUUUCAAAUAUGCUAAAAUUAUCUAUGAUCGUAUUUAUCAAAUAUUUUAUUGUACAAAAAAUAUUCCAUCAAAUAAUAUUAUUAUUGUACUUGAAGAUAAUUUUUAUUAUCAUAGUAUGCGUUAUCGUUAUUAUCAAAUUGCUCAAUGUUUCAAUACAAGUUUUAUGUCGAUUCAUCUUCAAUGUAAUAUUCACACAACAUUAGAACGUAAUAAAAAACGAAAUGGUAAUGUAACAGAACAAUCUAUACAUAAUAUACAAUCUAAAUAUGAAUUACCUGAUAUUAUAUGGGAAAAAAAUUCUAUGAUAAUCGAUACAACAUACGGAUUUCAUUUAAAUACAAUUAUACAAUUUUUUCAAUUAAUAACAAAUGUUCGUUUGAAACCGGAAAAAAUGAUAAAUUUUUUAUUUGAACAACAACAACAACGUGAUGAAUCAACAAAAAUUAAUCAAACAAAUGUAAUUCAUCAAACAGAUCAAAUAAUUCGAAAAUAUAUUUCAACAUAUUUAAAAGAAAAAUUAAACACAAUAUCGAAUGUACAAAUGAAAAAAGUUUAUGCAGAAAAUGUGAAUAAAUGUCGUAUGAUGUUUUUAGAAAAAUUGAGACAAAAUCAAAUAUUUUUCUCAAAUGAUGAAUCAGUGAAUUCAUCAAUAUUUGUUGACAAUGUACGUUGUCAAUUUAUAUGUUUUAUGAAUGAAAAUCUUGAUUGUUGUACUGAUAAUAAUAAUGAUAGAUGA